AUAGAAGGGAAGAAAAAUAAGGGAAGCGAAGAGCAAAUAGAUGGAUAUUUAUGCGUGAAAGAGGCACGAGGAAAAAACAAGGGUGAUAAAAGUAACGAUGACCCCUUUAUUCGUGGAUUUAUUUAUCCCUUUCAACGCACAAUUCUCUCACCACACAUUGACAAUUUGAAAUAA